CUGGUUCGGCAACUUGCGUCUGCUCCUCGUCACUUAAGAGAUCCUUAUGCCAUUCUGGCAGCCCUUCAGAAGCUUGCUGAUGAGGCGCGGGUUUCUGGUGACCCGUCGGCCCCGCGAUAUGAAGCAAUUCUUCGCCAGACCAGACCCCUCUCCUCUUCCGUGGAGUUUGGUGAUAUCAUUAUUCGUCUCGUUGGCAGUAAAGAGGAGAGCGAGGUUGCCAAUUCUAUCGCCAAGAUGUCCAGACAACGGGGCUCCAGUGGUUUCCAUCCCUAUGCAAGAUGGAAUACGCCGCAACGCUCGUCCUCUUAUGUUCGAGGUGUUCCGCCUCGCGGCUCUCGUAGGGGGCGUGGAGUCUGUUUUAACUGUGGUCAACGCGGGCAUUUCCAAAGGCAGUGUACUUCUUUUUUAUCUUAAGAAAUUGUCAUUAAAGUUGUGUGGGAAUUACUUUUGCUUUCAUUUAUUUUCUCUUAGUUGUUACUCUUCCCUUGCGUACCAGUAUUGUCGUGCCUUGGGUGCGGGUGUCUAAUGCCUUUUAUGCCUCUUUGAGGUUGCUUAAGGCCGGCAAUUCUGGUGGGCUUCCCUCGCUCUCCCUCUUAGGUUUCCGUUGUUUUGUUUCAGGAAUCGCUUCCUUGUGUCUCGUUCGAUCCUGAGUUCUUUGCGUCUAUUUCUUGUGAACCACCGCCUAGUGUCACGCAGAAGUGGUGUAACUGGGAGGGCAAGCCCACCAGUUUUGUCGGCCCAGUCCCCUCGCCUCAACAGGUGGCUGCCUUACGCGUUCAAGCUAGCCCACGCAUGCUCACUUUCAGAGACCCGUCUUUUUUUGUUCCUGGUCAGCUUCAUAACAACUUAGCUCAAUGGGAGUUCAUUGCUGAACAUUUUCCUCCUCAAAGGGAGCCAAUGUGUUUUGUCCGAGAUAAAGUGAAUGUUGCGUCCUUCGUUGUUCCCUUUAAAGGCAAGUUCGCGGGAAAAUUUUUCAAUUCACCAUCUCCCCCUAAGAUGGAAUUUCCUAAUAGCCCUAUUUGUGCUCAGUUUGAGGAAUUUAUUUCCUCUACUAUAAUAGAUCGCGUUAAAAACGGCUCUCUUGUAUUUUGGGGCAGGGUAGGACAAGCUGAAGCUCCUCAUCUUGUUAUGCCUAUAACUGUUGAGCCUUCGAAGCCAAGAAUGUGUCACGAUGAACGGUUCCUAAAUUUGUGGAUCAAAGAUUGCCCCUUUUCCCUAGAUUACCUUUCUGAUCUUCCAAGAUACGUUGGUUCUGGUCAUUAUCAGAUUGUAUGUGAUGACAAAAGUGGCUAUGACCAUAUUUGUCUUUCCCCCUCCAGCAGGACCCUAUUUGGACUUAAGUGGAAGGCCUGUUAUUUCGUGUACAAUACCCUUCCCUUCGGGUGGAAGGCGAGUGCGUAUGUGUAUCACACAACUGGUUUAUUGGCAACAAGUUAUAUAAGAACUUUGGGCGUUCCCUGUUCCCAGUACAUCGAUGAUCGCCAUGCAGGACAGCUUAUGGUUCGCAGGGACCCCAAUCUUCCAGUUUGGUCCGACUUUGAAUUAGCUGAGGCGGCGGCUUUUAUUGUUGUUUCAGUUCUUACUUCGCUGGGGUAUACCCUUGCUUUGUCGAAGUCGUCCCUCGUCCCUUCCCAGCGCGUGCGUUUUUUGGGUUACCUUUGUGACUCUCUUUUGUUAGCGUUCGUCCUUCCAGAAGACAAGAAGCUCAAGUUUAAGACCUUAAGAGAAUCUAUUCUGUCCCAAGAUACCGUGGAUCUUAAAACUCUGCAACGUUUUGCGGGCAAAACCACCUCGUUUUCUAUCGCGGUACCAGCGGCUCGACUUUAUACUCGCGCCUCGUUCCGUGCUAUCUCAUCCUGCAUCAAGUCCCCUCAUAAGUCCAUUAAAGUCUCGGGCGAUUUGCGAAGUCAAAUCCUUUGCUGGAGAUUUCUGGACAACUGGCAAGGUUGUCUCCCCUGGUUCGAAGAGAGGCAUGUUGUCAUGACUAUGUAUUCUGAUGCAUCCAACUCUGGCUGGGGUGGUGUCUUUCCCGAUGAAUCUGGCAAUUCCAUUGAAGUACGCGACUACUGGACACCCUACGAUCGCUCCCAGCCGAUUGUCAACAGGGAGGCCCUGGCCCUCAAGAAUGCCAUUCUGGCUGGCGCGGGAUCUCUUGCGGCCUCCCGAGUUGA